CUUUGAGAAACGGAUCUAAUCAUCAAGCCCUUGACACGUCGAAUCAGCUGUUUUGUCCGUGUCUACAACAAACAUGUAGGCCUACUGUUGGUUGUACUCGAGGACCGGAGUUGGGGAAACUCUAGUCUGGAUGCCACUUUCGCCAUACCCAAAAACUGUAAUCAAGUUGCAGCAGACAGUGUACAUUUCACCUAAGUCUAUUGGUUCAUGUUGAUAUACUGGAAUCAAAUACGUGUUUUAUGAACAGGCGUGUUUUUUUUUUGCUGCACAAAUUUGCCGCGAAUGAUAAAGCAUGGAAUCCAAACACCUGAAGAACGCUUUCAAAUGGUCUAACAGAAUGUUGUUUUACGAACCGAAUGCAGAUGAUCGAAUGCAUACAAUCCACAUAACAAGCAAGCAAAAUAUAGGUGCAUCAUGGUUCAAUCUGCAGGAGUUCCACAGCUUUCAGAUAAUCAGGCUCCGCCGGGGAGACCCAGCUCGGCUACAGAGACAGAAGUUAAUCGGAUUCACAAUACCCAGGCACCACCACCACCCAAGGAAAGUGGCCCAAAUAAGAGGAGGAAAGCGAGAGUGAGGGGAAACAGCACCAGGCCCAAGAAGAGAAUGACGGACAGCAGGGGUGUUAGUGAUAGACCACUAGUGGAGAAGCAGGGGGUGUGUGAUGAGGGAAGCCCCUUACCUCCACCCCUCCGUAUCUCUUUAAAAAGCCUGUUGGCGGCGGAGAUGAAGCUAGUGUAUGGUGACGAGCAGCACAACAUUACCCAGCAGCCCUCCAAGUCCCCAGUCACCUCCUCGGCUUCACAAUUUAUGUGUCAAGCCUCUGAAAUAGUAGGUCCUCCAAGUGGACCUAAUCUCGGCUUUCUGCCUCAAAUUGACAAAUGGCUGGAUGUAGCCUUACAGGAUGCCGACUCAUACUACCAACAGAAGAAAUAUGGGAUCGCAGCCAGUCGUUUUACCACAGCUCUGGAGCUGUGUUCAAAAGGCGCUGCAGUUGAACAAUCUUUGCAUGCGGUGUAUGAAGACAUUUCUAAGGUUGCCAGUUUGAUUGAGUCCAGACUUGUUGCCUGUUACCUGAGACUGAAGAGACCGAAGAUAGCCCUCAACCACUCCCAUAGAGCCAUCCAGCUAAACCCCAUCUAUUUCCGCCACCAUCUGCGCCAGGCCAUGGUGUAUCGACUGCUGGGGAACCCAUGUGCCGCGGCGAGGAGUGCCAUGAUUGCUGACUGGGUGUACUGGCUGUCCGGGGGCUCAGAUGAACACAUAAGCAAGCUCAUCAAACUGUAUUGGCAGGCUCUGUUGGACGAGGCGAUCAUCAUGGAGGAUGGUUUCUCUGUCAUGUACACCCCGUGCUCUGCUGGGGACUCCGUGGGGGAUUGCAUCGCCAAGGCUGAGGAGACCUUCAGGAAACAGAACCCUGCCUUCACAGACUACCUGUUCACAGACCCCAGUGGAGGUCACCUGCUGCCCCAAACCACAGACUGGAGCAAUCCCCCGUCCACCCAGCAGAAAUACGUCCUCACCCUGGGCUUCAGGAGGGGACAGGACGGCAGCUUCCUCAGCAAACUCACCAGCAGGACCUGCCCCUCUUUUACAGGACCCAGAGCCUCAUUCAGCUCCAGUAGCCCAGAGGACAUGGAGCGGGUGUGUGACGCGUUCAGCAGGAGGAUCCUACCAGCCUUAGAUUUUAUUAAGUGCACCAAACUAGCUGUUGAUAUGGACUCAUUACCCAGACGGCUAUGCAGCAGCGUUAAGAGACGGCUAGGCAGCAGCGUUACCAGACGGCUAGGCAGCGGCGUUACCAGACGGCUAGGCAGCGGCGUUACCAGACGGCUAGGCAGCGGCGUUACCAGACGGCUAGGCAGCGGCGUUACCAGACGGCUAGGCAGCGGCGUUACCAGACGGCUAGGCAGCGGCGUUACCAGACGGCUAGGCAGCGGCGUUACCAGACGGCUAGGCAGCAGCGUUAAGAGACGGCUAGGCAGCGGCGUUACCAGACGGCUAGGCAGCGGCGUUACCAGACGGCUAGGCAGCGGCGUUACCAGACGGCUAGGCAGCGGCGUUACCAGACGGCUAGGCAGCAGCGUUAAGAGACAGCUAGGCAGCAGCGUUAAGAGACGGCUUAAGAGACGGCUAGGCAGCAGCGUUACCAGACGGCUAGGCAGCAGCGUUAAGAGACGGCUUAAGAGACGGCUAGGCAGCAGCGUUAAGAGACUGCUUAAGAGACGGCUAGGCAGCAGCGUUAAGAGACGGCUUAAGAGACGGCUAGGCAGCAGCGUUAAGAGACGGCUUAAGAGACGGCUAGGCAGCAGCGUUACCAGACGGCUAGGCAGCAGCGUUAAGAGACUGCUUAAGAGACGGCUAGGCAGCAGCGUUAAGAGACGGCUUAAGAGACGGCUAGGCAGCAGCGUUAAGAGACGGCUAGGCAGCGGCGUUACCAGACGGCUAGGCAGUGGCGUUACCAGACGGCUAGGCAGCGGCGUUACCAGACGGCUAGGCAGCGGCGUUACCAGACGGCUAGGCAGCGGCGUUACCAGACGGCUAGGCAGCGGCGUUACCAGACGGCUAGGCAGCGGCGUUACCAGACGGCUAGGCAGCGGCGUUACCAGACGGCUAGGCAGCGGCGUUACCAGACAGCUAGGCAGCAGCGUUAAGAGACGGCUAGGCAGCAGCGUUAAGAGACUGCUUAAGAGACGGCUAGGCAGCAGCGUUAAGAGACUGCUUAAGAGACGGCUAGGCAGCAGCGUUAAGAGACGGCUUAAGAGACGGCUAGGCAGCAGCGUUAAGAGACGGCUAGGCAGCGGCGUUACCAGACGGCUAGGCAGCGGCGUUACCAGACGGCUAGGCAGCGGCGUUACCAGACGGCUAGGCAGCGGCGUUACCAGACGGCUAGGCAGCGGCGUUACCAGACGGCUAGGCAGCGGCGUUACCAGACGGCUAGGCAGCGGCGUUACCAGACGGCUAGGCAGCGGCGUUACCAGACGGCUAGGCAGCGGCGUUACCAGACGGCUAGGCAGCGGCGUUACCAGACGGCUAGGCAGCGGCGUUACCAGACGGCUAGGCAGCGGCGUUAUCCAGACGAUGUAUUUGGCUAAGGUGUAUGUAAACGUCCGACUUCAGCUGUUUGAAAAAUGUGUGAUUAGUGAUCAACAGGGCCGAGCGAAAAGAGAGAAGGGGGUGUGGUUUACAAGUUUUAUUUUUCCCAUGUUUCCUUGUUUCUCACACGCUGUGUUUGUUCCAAGACAACAGGCAGGUUUUUCCCCAGGGUCUGGGCUUGUGGAGAGGCUGCAGUAUGCUGGCUACCUGGGACAGAUCCAACGCAGCAGGGAGCAGACCGUCAUCCUCCACCAGGCGCUGGCUGAGCUCGCUGUCGCCCCCUACCUGCAGGACCUCAGCCACGCAGAGACCUCACUGCUGCAGGCUCUAAUGGCAGACACCAUGGACACCCUUGAAGGAAGGCGGACUGAUAGAGAACGUGUGUGGAAUGAAAUGCAAAAGGUGGGGAUGUUGGAGGAUCUGUUGUUCCAACUGGAGGAGACCUAUCUGAAGAAUAAGGCUCAGAGGGCCAGUAGGAAGCAGAGGGCCGGGGUCCAGGGGGCAGAGGGGAAAGCCAGAGGAAGACCCAAAGCAGGGGUCAAAAUAGAAGCCAAAGGAGGGGGUACAGUGGUGACGGACAAGGCCAAAGUCCGUCCCACUGAAACCCAGCAGGAGACAGCAGUAGCACCAAUGACCUUACCAGACCCAUGAUCUACAGGCCAGGACAGUGGAGGCCCGAAGUCGUCCUCCUCAAAAUGAAUGGACACCCUCCUCUCACAAAGCCUCAUCUUCAGUCCCAGCAUCUUUCACACCAUUACUCUAGGCUGGCAGAAAUAAAUGGACUCUGCAGCCUUGCUUUCACUCUGAUUUAGGGUCUGUUUUUAACACUCCUCCUUGUUUACUCGUUAAGAUAGCGUCUCUAGCCCCACUUCUAGAUGAAAGACCUAGCUGAUUCAAACGUGUGGGAGUGUUCAAUGUAUACACAAUGAGAUGUGUUCAUGUUUAAACUCGCUAAUUUAUGAUUGUUCAUGCAAGUUGUAAUAUGACAGAUGGUUUGUAAACAAACAAAUCCAUAUGGUGCAGUAGCAUGAUCAUAAUGAUGUAUGCAUUCCCAUUAUGGGAUUCACAGCAAAUCCGGCUCCAGAUUCUCUGAUGUUUUGAAAACUGUCUAACAUGAAACAACCUUCAUUAAAUCACAUUAUCUUUAUCAAUAUGUUUGGUUAAGUAACAAGAAAUACAAAACCCUUUUCCACAAAACCUUUUUCCACUCAAUCCUUAGGAGGAAAAGAAAGGGGAUUCAAAUAAAACAAACAUGCUUCCUCCUGAAGUAGCUAGCUGGAAACAGCAGCAUAAACACUUUGUCUACAGUAUGAUGACCAUGUUACUACAGUCUGGAGUAUCACAGUCAUUUCAAUGCCAAAUGUGCAGUUUGGGGAUUGAUCGGGCAGGGCAAAACCUUGUGAGUGAACACAAUCAGUGGGGCCCUCGUCACUCACAUGCCCACGGCUGAUCCAUCAACUGGCCGGUCAGCACCGGCUUCCCAAAGUAGUUCCUCUGAGACAGCCAAUCAGAGGCGCUCUGUGCUAUCAACAGCUGGUUUCUCUCUCCUGUUAUCUACUCUCUUUGGGAAAACAAAGGCUACUGCUGAAUAAUCCACAUUUCCCUAUUUGAGGAUUCAUUCAGGGUUCCAACUCUACAGCACAGUGUUUAUCUCUAUCUCUCUCAUCCCACCCUCCAUCUGUCUCUUGCUUCCUCCGUUUCCAUUCAGAUGGGUGCUUAAUACCUUGGGGAUUCUGUUGACACCCGAGUCGGCAUAAGCAAUGUUGUGAUCAGCAAUAUGGGCAUGCAUUAUUUUAUUCGCUGAAUAAAUUAAUGACAUUUAUUGAGUGGUCGGGAAGAGAAAACGUUGGCAUAGGUACUCUAUUGGCAUCUUUAAAAGAUUAGUUAUGCCCGGUGCAGUUUCCAUUUGGUAAACAAUUAUUAUAAUCCAAGCCUACAUGCAUAUUUAAUGAACACAUUGAAGGCCAUAGCCUUGUUUUUCACUUUUGUGUAAAGCUCUUUAUAUGAAAAUGGUUAGAAUGGCGAUAUAGGAAUGCUAAUGUGGUUAGUUAUUUUUUGUGCUCUCCAUCCAACCUCACUGAGCUCGAGCUGUUUUGCAAGGAGGAAUGGGAAAGAAUUUCAGUCUCUCGAUGUGCAAAACUGAUAGAGACAUACCCCAAGCGACUUACAGCUGUAAU